AUGCUAUUAACAGGCAUAUUAUUGAUAACCAUGAUACCAUUAUAAACAGUCGCACAAACUUCAUUGAAGAACAUUAUGAAGCUAGAAUUGAAUAAAAUAUCAGAUACAUAUGAAGUACUAGAGCAGGAAAAGUUUAAGUACUAUAGUGUCUAUGUUGAUCCAAAAUUAUUUGACAGCACUCAGUAUCUAGUGGUCAAAGUUAAACCUGUACAAGACAUCUUCGCUGACCCUGACCUCUUUAUUUCCAAGAAAAAUAAGAAUCCUAAUACAUACGAGGACAGUGAAUGGGUGUGUUCAACAUUUGGCUAGGAUACCUGCGCCAUAAGCCCUGAUAGUUUAUAAGCCUAGGAUUUGAUUUACAUAGGUGUUCGAUGUACACAGGGCUGCAUUUUUUCUAUAUAUCCCUAAUUGAUGAAGCCCAUUACUCUUGAGGAAGGACUAGAAAAGUAGAUAGACUUUUAAAUUUGGGAGACUAAAAUCUUUAAGUUCAAAGUUCCAAAGAGCACUAGCAAAGACUCAGAAUACAAAUUAAAUUAAGUAGAUAUAAGAGCCGCACCUUUAGUUGAAAAACAUGAUAAAAUUGUACUACUAGCCAGUAUAAAAUCAGAUGUGACACCAAAUGCCUAAACAAAAAGAGGUAUUCCUGCUUGGAGAAAAGGUUAGACCUUGAGAUUAUCUGAUAUUCAUAAAGACGAAUGGUGUACUGAUUGCUAUAUCACUAUAUUAGUUGAUGUUAAUGACCCCGGCGCUUAUCAAAUAAUGGCUAAGACUAAUACAGGCCUUUUGACUCUUUAAACUGACAAGAGAUUAGACGAUUUGGUAUUUUACUCAGAAAAGUAGUGCUAUAAGUACUAUGUUUAAUAAGCAAAAAGUGAUGUAUUCAUUAGAGUUGCUUAAUACUCUGGUUUGAUAAGCUACACUUUCAACCCUAAAUAAAUGCUUGAAUCCAAAUAAAAAGCCCCAUUUUAGCAUAAUAGCACAAACAAGAACUCAAUAAUGGUUGUUACUCCAAACGACAGAAAGCAAUCUGGAGCUAUAUAAGGCCUUUACUAUCUGUGCUUCUUUGGUCAUAUGACUUCAACAUAUUCAAUUGUAAUUUCAGAGCUCGAACAUGGUGCUGAUUAUUAGCAACUUCUUGAUGGCCACGAUUAAAAUGGUGAAGUGGAAUCUCUAAAUAGAUAGGUAUAUAUUUACAAAGCUCCAAAUCUCACAUUUUCAUCUUAAGAUAUUCGUAUUUAGUUCAUCUUAUCGUCAAUAAGUGGAAUUUAACCUUAAUUAUUUGCAGGUUUUUGCUCAGAAAAAGAUAUUCUUAAGUGUGUUAAAGCAGCCAAAAGCUUUGAUCAGUAAAAUUAUGAUGAGACAUCGAGAUUUAAAAAAGCAAGUUAAAUGACUAAGGAUCUUAAUCUCAUUAUUGAUCAUGAUGAAGAAAAAUGUGAAAAAGAGUAUAAAAGAGAGUGCUUCUAUGCAGUGAUUGUAUAAGGAUAAGGAGGAGAAGGAGAAAUUUCCAAGUAUUCUAUAAAUAUUCUCAAUAGCUAGUAAAACUACUAAGUACUUUAAGAGGGUAAGUUGGUUAAUGACUAUGUUGAGGAAGGUUAAACCAGAUUGUACUCUUUUAGCAUCAUAAAUGAUCCCCUGGUAAAAAACGUGACUUUCAAGCUUAAUACCAUUCAUGGUGAUGCAGAUAUAUAUGCUUCAAGAAUUCAUAAGUACCCAUAAAAGCUUUUAUAUGAAAAGAGUUCAGUAAGGACUAAUGACAUUAUGGAUGAAGUAUACUUUGACGAUCUAAAUCUAUCAACUACUUUUUACGUAGCAGUUUUUUCUAUUCAAUACUCAACCUACACUUUAUCUGUGUCUGUAGAUAGAAAGGGGAUAUUUAAAAAAUUACCUGUUCAACUAUAAGAGGGUUUAUCUCUGAAGGGCUCACUACAUAAUGAGGACAACUAUGAUUUAUAUGAAAUUCAUGCUAAUUAAAUUCAAGGAUUCGAAAAAUCCUUAAUCAUUUAGAAUACUCCUGUUAAAGGAAAAGUUAAGUUUUACCUAGGAGACAGUACCGAUGUAUCCUUCAAGAAUUAUCUAUUAGAAUCCAGAAAUAACAUGAUUUACUUUAACAAGUCUCAUGAAUAAUUCAGUCAUUCUGGUGUAUAUUAUAUCGCUGUGUACCCAGAGUAUACCAUCUGGCAGCGCUUUUAUGACAAUUAUUAUGACUAUUUGAUUACAUAUGCAACUUUAGACACACAUAUUUACCUAUACACAGACAUUGCUAUGGAAAAUACUCAAGAGCCGAAUACCACUACAUAUUUUAAGCACUUCUAAACUGAUAACUUCUUUGAUAUUUUAGUAUCAAUGACAAUUUUUAGUGGAGAUCCCAAGCUCUACAUAUCAUCUUCUCCUUAAAUAAAAUAUCCUAGCAGGCUUAAUCAUGAUCUAGACUAUCAAAAUAUUUUUGCAGGGACCAAAUUCAAGGGCAAGUCACUGCAAAUAAAAUCAUAAGUUAUGCAAAAGAAAAAUCCUGCAUGCUCCAUCAGCUAUUUUGAAUAAAAAGAGCAGUAAAGAGAUGCCUGUGUACUGUAUCUAGGAGUCGAAUGUCAGGACUAUUGCAAAUAUUCCAUUAAAGUCAGUUAUGAGCAAAAUACCUUGUCAAUGCUAAGAGUUGGAAUCCCUGAACAUGGAGCACUUAGAGAUGAUUUAUUCAAGUAUUACUACAUAAUAGUGAGAGAAUAUAGAUUUAGUGAGGUAUUUGCUAUUCUCAAUAGUUUUGCUGGUAAUGCAGAUCUCUAUGCUUUGAAAUAAAUUAAUCCACAUAAAACAAACCCAGAAAGUUGGUUGAUGCCCUCUCAGUAUAAGUAUGAUUUCAAAUCAACUGAUCUUUUGAAGCAAGACACUAUCAGAAUCAAACCUUCUGAUCUUGAGGACUGUUUUGAAAAAUGUGAUAUAGACUCCUCAGAUCUUAGAUAAUGUGGAAUUAUAUUUGGUAUCCAUGCUAAAAUGAGUCAUGACUAAAUCCCAGAAUUCAAUUCAACCGAGGCUGAAAAUGACUAUAGUUAGAAUUUAUACAACACAAAAUACAAUUUUAUUGCAUAUACAGAUGUAGCACUGCUAUUAAAUUAGCAACCAGUCACUAAUACAGUGGAAGAAGGUGAUUAUCAUUACUAUUUAUAUGAGAUCACUUGCGAUGAUUGCGGAGUAAUUAUUAGUUUGAAUACUUUCGGAAGUGGUGAUCCAGAUUUGUAUGUUGGCUACGGAGACAACAAGAUUCCCUAGAAAGAUGAUUAUGACUUUAUGAGCUCAACUACAAAAUCUGAGCUUCUAACACUAGAUCUCAAUCAUGAAUUUUACAAAAGUUAUAAGCUUAAAUCAAUGAAGAAUAGUUAUAUAAUUGCAGUAUAUGGAGUUAAAAAGAGUCUUUAUACUUUAAGUGUAAGCUAGGAAGCAAGACCGAUAGGAUUAUUGACUGAAGGUAUUUCAAUAAAGCAUUCAUAAGAUCCCUACUAGAUUUCAUACUUUAUGUUUUACGUGAGUAAAGAAGAAAAAGACUAUAAGAUUAAUGUGAAUGUUGCAUCAGGUUUAGUCGAUCUGUAUGUCUCCAGAUUCUAAGAGGAAGAUGAUGUAAGUGAUUAGCAGAAGACCUUGAUUUAAAGUUUACCGAAGUCGAAAAGGGAAUCUAGUUGGGUCCUCGAAAAUAUAAGUUAAAGAACUGGAGUAGGUGAAAAAGCACUUUUAAUAGUUAACUAAGAUAGAAACUAUUGCACAAAAUGUUAUCUGUUGAUUGGUAUUGUGACUCAUGAUGAAAAAUCUGAAUAUAAUAUCCUUGUUCAUCCUUUAAUUGCAAGUUUCGAAAAUUCAAUGCUAAUGAAACUAGGAGAAGUAGUCUAAUUCAAUAUUGAGACAGAUGAGGUCAAAUACUUUAGAUUCAUCAUUGAUGAUAGGUAGAACUUCCAAAUUAUAUAGAAACUGAAUUCAGGAACAGUAGAAACUACAUUGAGUUUUUCAGAGAGCACUGAAAGUCCGUUAGCAGUGAUUGCCAGUACUAAUAUCCUUACUAUAAAGACAGAUGAAGUUGACAAAUUUGAGACUGAGAAAAUGUAUUAUCUGAUAGUUAAGGGCUUAUCUUACAGUGAAUGCAGUUUAAUGAUAGUGCAAGACAGACAAUUAAUAUCAUUGUCCGAUGGAGUAUCAAUGACUUUAAACUACUAUGAUUAUAUGGAUGUAAGCAAGUACAUGAUAUACAAUUUGCCUGAUGGAGAUUUCACACUUAAUAUUCAAGUCAAAACUCUCUCACAGAAGUUCUACCCAAGAUUAUACAUAUCAAGUUUUGAAAAUCUAGAAGAUUAGCUAAGUGGCUUGGAGUUCCCACCUGCUGGAGUGGCUGACUACGUUUCUGCUAAAAACUGGGACACCAAACUUGGCAUCUUAAGUUUUCAAUAAUCUUUUAAGAAUGUAACAGGUGGAAAAGCUGGUUUGGCAAUUAACCUUUUUGACAAUUCGUUAGUCAGAAAAAGCUAAUUUAACUCUCAAGCCUUAAUAACUGUAUCAACAUCAAAGCUGAUUAAAUUGGAGUAAGAUACUACAAUAAUGGGGUCUAUUACUAGCGAAAUAGGAUAUAUGCUUUAUCAAGUGCCUGAAACAAUUACAAGCAAAGAGGGAUAUGCAGUUAUUGAGUUUUCGGAAUGCGUUGGAGAUUCAUAACUUAUGUUUAUAGAGAGUCCUGAAAAUUUAGUCAGACCAAAAAAUCUAGAGUAUAGUUCUUUUUCACAAUUCGGUAGGUAAUACAAUUUGAUUAAGGUUCCUUAAGGGGGCAUUACAGUUCUUGUUAAACCAAAAAGGUUUGAAAGCGAUAAUGAAGCAGCUACCAAAGCUUUUGAAAAGAUAGAUUUUAUUAUUAAAACUAGAUUAACAUUUUCUUCAUUCUCCAAAAAUGAUGAAUUUAAGCUUUAGGAUGGUGGUAAAAUAGACAUUGUUUAUCAUGAUAGCCCUGGAGAGCUCAACAUUACUUGGGGAUAAAUCUAAAGAGUUACCAACUUUGGUUAUAUUGAUGGUAGCUUAAAUGAUGUUAGCUAUCAGGUUUUAGUGACAAAGAAUCCCAAAGCAAAACUUGAAUCGAUAUGUGCUUUAAAAAAAGACAUUGCCAGAGAUUUUAUUAUAUCCAGCGACUAGACCACAAUAAAUACAUAUUACUUUAAAAAUGCCAAACCAGGCGAGAUUUAUUAUGUAAAUGUGAUUGCAGCAGUGAGGAGGGGAGACAAGGAAGUGUUUGAAUAUCUACCAUAUAAGAGCAUUGAACUUAGGGUACCUGUUUAUACUAUUUGGUCUACCUGGGCUCUGUGUAAGAUAUAUUCAGGUUUUAUAGAUUUUUAGAUUUCUAUGUGA